CAAGAAAUGUUUCACCCUUUGGCAAGAGCGAUACAUAUAAGAGAGAUCUAGGAAGAAAGCAAUGGGGGACAUCGAUCUUUAUAAGAAACAAAUAGUGAGUAAUCUUGAUCAAAGGGGAGAACCUCGAUAUUGAAGUAAAGCGAGACUCGGAGGAUCCAAGGAACCUGUUGGUGUUUAUCAUCUGAAUCAUACAUCUGUGAAUGCAUAUGGAGGUCGACAAGGAAGCAGCAGUGCUUGAAUCUCCCAUAUUCGUCGAGCAUAAGACAAAGAAGAAAUGGAUAGAUGAGAAGUCACGCGUAUGCCUCAUGCUGUACGCGAGAUCACUCUACAUCACCUGGGGUAACCGUGAGUACUGGAUUUGGGAUUGCUUCAAGGAAACAACGGAAGAAAACAUCGAAGUAGCCAAAGUGAGCCAUAUCUGCUGGCUCGAUGUCAGAGGGAAGCUCAGCAUGUCGGACCUUACUCCUCGGGCGGAGUAUGAGGUCGUGUAUAGAGUUAAAUUGUCAAAGAACGCAUUUGGUUGGGAACUCCCAGUAACCCUCAAGCUCUCACUACCAAACGGGACGGUUCGACAUCGCCAAGUUAGCCUUUUGGAGAAGCCUAGAGGAUCAAUUAUUGAACUCAGUGUCGGUCAUUUCAUAGUCGAGGACGAUGAAACUGGAGAAGUGUGCUUUGAUCUCUACGAGCAUGGCGGGCAUUGGAAAUGUGGGCUGAUAGUACACGGUGCCAUCAUUCGAUCCAAAAAUUGACCAAUCAGUUCUCUUUCUUUAUCAUAAUGUUGUCUCGUCAUCGGAGUGGUAGAACCAGUGUUAUCAGAACUGGACCGAAUAUCGAACAGGUCGAGGUAGGGGUUCAUGGAUUUAUGGAUUCAACUAAGGGUUCGAUAGGUUAGACCGCAUAUUUAAUUAUAAGAUAAAUAAAUAUUUAUUAUUUUAAGAAAA